UGACAUCAUGUACAAAAGGCAAAAACUAAAUGCAUUAAAAGUUUGAUCCCAUAGUUCUGAAACACCCUGUGUAGAGUGCCAGCCGAGAGUGCCUCCUGGCGGAUUUACCCAUGCAGUGUCGCCACGCACCAGGUAACCUAUUGAUGUUGGUCGGACACGGAUAAUUAUUAUUAUUCAUUUUUUGUUGGUCUUUCACCAUUACACACGGGGUAUGUACACAAUAGAGGAGGAAUUCACUUCAGCCUAUUGCGAAGAACUUUCGUACUAUCUGAUAUGUUUGUCAAAUGCGCUCGAACUCUCUAUGUGUGAGUGGAGAUUUACAGAGACUGUCUCUUCCACAGCCACUACUACUGGUAUUAUGUACACAUCUAAUAGUUUCCAAAUAUUUUUGAUUUCAAUUGCAAGGUUUUCAUACUUUUCAGCCUUCGUGUAUUCGGUUUUAAUUAUGAUGGCUGUGAGUGGCACUGCUAUGUCGAUUAUGUAUGUUUUUCGUUUAUUUUUAUCAAUCAGUAGUAUAUCUGACCGGUUAUAGUCAACUGUCUUAUCAGUUAUGACUACCCUAUCCCAGUACAAGAG